AUGGCUUCCGCUCCCCAGAACUACUACGAGCUGUACCGCCGAAGCAGUGUCGGCGUCGCUCUCACAGACACUCUAGAUGAUCUGAUUCAAGACCACCGCAUCGACCCUCAGCUGGCGAUGAAGAUCCUGGCCAACUUCGACCGGGCCAUUACGGAAGUUCUGCAGGAGAAGGUUCGCUCGCGAUUGACUUUCAAGGGCAGUCUCGAUACAUACCGAUUCUGCGACGAAGUUUGGACUUUUCAGCUCAAGAACGUAACUUUCAAAAUGGACAAUGGACAGAACAAUGUCCAAGCUGACAAGGUUAAGAUUGUGUCCUGCACCGCCAAGCCUACAGGCACCUAG